CGCACGCCCCGUGUUUUCUCCCCUUGCGCUGCUGCGUUCUACACAAGCGCUUCCGCUUUGCGCUUUCCUCGCUUACCUAGUCCGCGUCGACCCCGUCCGCGCUCUCAUGAUGGCGGCGCUUUCCGCGCGAGCUGUCUCUGCCGUUGCGCCUGCUCCGCUGCUGGCCUCCCCGCAUCCGCAUUGGCGCGCUUCGCCAGCAGCCAGAGGCACGUCGCUGCGGAUAGGAGGCGCGGGGAAGCGCGGCGGCUGUAGCAGUAGCGGAUGUAGCCGCGCGGGCAGGCGGAAUCUAGCCGUAGUUGCGCUGGCUGCUCCGCCUGAAGCCGUGUCCGGGAUUGUAGAGAGCGCUGCUUCGUCUCUGGUGUCAGCUGCUGAUUGGACGAGCCACCUCGUGCUCGCCACGCUCAACACGGCUGCCACGCUGGCAUCAGAUGGGCCAAUAGAGCUGCCCCCCGCGUCAGGCGUGCCCGCGUACCUGGAAGACCCCUGGGCAAUCCCUGAUGUCUCUCCCCUGCAGUCCUUUGCCAGUAUCCUACUGACCGGGACUAUUGGCGUGCUGCUGUUUCGGGCGCUGAAGAGACGAGCAAACAAGGUCACAGAGUCGCGUUUCCGGUCCGAUUCAGUGGAGAGGCUAGACUCCAACCCAGUAGCCGAGGAGAGGAAGAAAAAGGCGGCACAAGCGGCAGAGGAAGCUGCCAAGCGCGCGCCACCCACGGUGCUGAACACUCUGGGCGGCGCACUGGUGGCGGGGUCCAUAGCUAUUGUGCUGUACAAGUUUGCAUCGUCUGUUGAUGACGUGUUCGCGGGCCAAACUCUGUCGACGACCUACACGGUUCGCAACCUCUCAAUUGCUGUCAGGACCAUAGUGUCUGGCUUGGUUUGGCUCGCCACAUUUAUUUUUGCCAUCAAUUCCCUUGGCCUCACACUCUACGCCUUCCAACUGGCGCUGGGUCUCGACUCCGCUAAAGACAGCCCCAAUAUUGGGAGCAAGGCAGACGCAAGUGUCAAUGGAUCCAAAGAUAGUGAGCCUAAGGAGACGGAGCUUUCUUCUGGGAGUGAGGAGAAAAAGCCAGCAGGCUUCGGAAGCUCUUCAAUAGAAAAUGGGGGGAAUGAAAAGAAAUAGAGCUUUUGACAAAUUAUUUGCUGGAGCAUUUUUUUGGUAGGAGACAUUUGUGAAAGCGUUUGUGGUUUUGUAUGUCAAAUUGUUGUCGCUUAUUGCAAGUGUCAUA